AUGGAUUCAGUUGACAUACAUCUGGAUAUAGACUCGAAUUUCGAACCGCAAACUAGGGCACGGUCGAAUACAUGGCCGUUGAGGCCUUCUAGAGAAUUAGAACCACAUAACAGUCCUGUAGCCAUCGACGAGUCGUCGAAUGGUGCUGACCAGCAGGGCUGUGUGAAGGACCCGCUCGGGUUAACGGCAAAAAAGAGCGGUUCCCGUAGAAAUGCGUGGGGGAAUCUUUCUUAUGCCGACCUCAUUACGAAGGCGAUUCAGAGCUCCCCGGAGAAACGCUUGACCCUGUCUCAGAUUUAUGACUGGAUGGUGCAGAAUGUUCCUUACUUCAAAGACAAAGGAGAUAGCACUAGCUCCGCCGGAUGGAAGAAUUCUAUACGACACAAUCUGUCACUGCACAGUCGUUUUAUGCGUAUACAAAAUGAAGGUACGGGAAAAAGUUCUUGGUGGGUUCUUAACCCCGAUGCUAAGCCAGGUAAAACUCCCCGAAGACGUGCAGGCAGUAUGGAAACUAAGAGUUAUGAAAAGAAGCGUGGGCGGAUUCGCAAGAAGGUGGAGGCGCUGCGUGCAGCCAUGGAGAACGGGGAAACGUUGUCACCAGGUGGCAGUGAUGAUAUGUUGGAUGUCUUGACUUUCGGAGACUUCAGACCCCGGGCUAGUUCUAAUGCCAGCAGCACCGGCAGGCUGUCGCCGAUACAUGCCGUGACAGAGCCUGAUCUUCAUGAGAACCAGGUUCCUCCUAUGUCACCGAUUCCUUGGGAGACUGAGGGGAGCGGCUCUCCAACUAUGUAUUCUGGAGAAUCCUACCAUGAACUGGUGAAGUCUCUAGUUGUAGGCAUGAAGUUGUCAAGUCAGGACAGUCUAAAAAUGGAAGUCUCCAGCAUUUCAGACCCAUUCAGCUCUGGUGGUACUCCCAGGGACUACAGCAACCAGCCAUCUCCUUACAUGGAUGCCAAUCAUUCAUCUCCUGCCAUUGAAAACCACUACUCCCACCUUCCUGCUCCGCCUCCCUACCCGAAACAGCAGCAACAGAUGAAUGGCCUUGAGUUUCACUCGACUAACUUCAGCAAUCCAGUUCGCUUACAAUGCAGUUCAAGUCCUGCUAUCAAUGGUUCCUCAGCGUUCCAACAGACAGAUUUAUUCACCGAUGAUUUCAUAGUUAUGAACAUGAAACAGGAGGCAGAAGCACAUUCACCGGUCUGCUUUAUAAAACAGGAACCAGAGAAUCAUUCGCCUGUUUGCUUCAUAAAACAGGAGCCAGAGAGCCACUUCCCAGUGUGUAUGGCCACACCCAACAGCUUGUCUGUUAACACCCAGCAAUUGAAUUCUCCCGACAGAUCUCAACAGGGAAGUCCCAAUACAGGAUCUUACUCCCGUCUCAGUCCUCAACAGUCAAGUCUUGUUAAUGGACAGCUUACAUUAUCCUCACUUAAUUGUCAAGUCUCUCCUCAGCAGAACCGGCAUCUGGUGAAACAGGAGGCAAUCAGUACAGUUUCACUACAACAGCAGCAGCAGCAGCAACAACAACAGGGGUUGCACCAGGUGAGCCAUGAUUCAAUUCUGCGCGAGGCUCUCACCAGAGGUGUCCCAAUUUUCCGGUCGCAGUCCAGUGCUAAUACACCUUCACCUACCUUUUCGCCUCUGGGCAACCGCUCACCGCUGAGCCUAGUUCAAGCAUUAGGCAACAUGAGCAAUGGCAUGCAUAACAUUGGCCUGAGCAUAAGCUCUAAUGUCAGCCCGCACCACCAGUCUGCGACAGCGAGUCAGAUGCAUGGCCUGCUUAAUGAUGCUUUCUGCGACAAUGUAGUCACUCUUGGCGGUAUAGGUUCGGGGAGCAACAACAACAACAACCCUGGGAUGCCUCUAGACAUUGAUGUGGAUGUCAUGGGCAUGUCGGGGCUGGACUACGACAUGGACCAGGUUAUACAAGAACUAACAAGGGAAGACAAUUUAGAUUUUAAUUUUGAAGCAGGGCCAGCAACUUCAGUUGGACAAAGUGUUGUACACUGA